GUUUGCAUUACGUAAAGUUGUUUGUUUUUUACAAGUGCAUCUCUAGAUGUCGCUGCAGUCUCGGAAGGAUGCGGCGAUUUGCCGCGCGGCAGUGUUUCGUGAACAUGACGGAAAACGGUAACAUGUCCAUUGUUGACGGGCGUCAGGUGACCAAUCAGGUUAUUGACGUCGAUCAGUUGAUACAUGAGAUUAAAAAGCGACCGCUUUUAUACACCAGAGCUCAGACCGAGUAUAUACAGAAGGUCGCGAGGCAAAAGGAGUGGGCCGAUGUCUGCCAAGCCCUUUGUAAGGAUUUCCGCCAGUUGAGUGCCAGAAAGAAACGCGAUAAGGUACGCCAAGUUCAAUCCAAGUGGUUCCGCCUGAAGCAGUCGUUUUUAAAGGGGUACGGUGUAACGCGUCCAGUUUCAAAGAUAAAGAAACAGAGGCAGAUACAUAAGCUAUCGUUUCUGAUCCCUUCCACACCAGUCAUGGAGGUAGACACAGGAGCAGGAACCACAGCUUCCGAUAACAACAAUGAAGACGAGUUGGACCUCGUGAUGGAUACGCUGGCCAACGAAAAAACUGAAGAAAUCAACAUCCCAACUGCUUCAACGUCCACAGAGAAUAUUGCGACCUUCGCUAAAGAGAAUGAAGUGAAGAAAAAGCCAAUCUUCAUCCCCGUACCGAAGAUCGAAGAGCCUAAAUACGAUCCUAUAGAUGAGAACUUGCAUUUCGCGCUGAUGCUGGUGCCUCUACUCCGGGGUUUGAAUCAGGACCAGCGCUUCUAUGCUUGGUCAAACAUUCUUAAUGUGGUGCAAAAGGCACGAGAGCUCGGUCCAAAAAAACUAUCUAUCUUGCAAGAAGAGCUAAGAUAUACGGAUGGGGAAGCUCCAAAUUUGCUCCAAGAUCUUGCUUACGUGCAGCCUGAACCGGAGCCUCCUGUGGACGACGAGCCGAUCUUCCCAGCUGCUCAUGGAAGGCCAACCAAUGAAGCUGGAGAGAUUAUGUACCCAGAAACGGAUAACGAAGAAAAUGACGAGGUUUAA